GGAUGCGCUGACGUCACUGCUCGAGCGUCGGGGCCUGGACCUUUCGGCCGUGCAGGUGCUUCAAGAGGGCAACCGGCGGCCCGCCAACCUCAGCCACGAGACGCACAAGUUCGCCGGACAGCAGCUCAGGGUCAAAGCCAAAGAUGGUGCCGACCUUCGGGGAUCAGUCAGUCGUGCCAACAGCACUAGCAGUUUGAGCGGCGGGUCCUGGAAGACUCCGGCGUCUCGAACCAACAGCAAUGCUGGCCUCAAGGAGGACAAGAAGGAGCGCAAGAUCUCUGGGAGCCAAAGAGGGCGACGUGGAGCUGUGUCGGCUGAUGAGCUGGUGAGCGAUACCAGUGCUAUCAGCAGUACUAGUCAAGAAAGCAGCUGGAAGUCAGGAAAAUCCAAGCCGGUGCUGGGCAAGCGCACUGGCAUUCUCCUCAAUUCAUCUAGAACGGACAAAGAGAUGCGUACCCUGACAGAGUUGCUCAACAGCUACGACCAGAAUGGCAUCCCUAACCAGCCAGGGCUUCUUACCUUCCGACCUUCUUCGUCAGAGGAGAAGUUUCGACUGGAAGAUAACUGGACCUGCAUCGUCGACAAUCCCGAGUCCCUUCCAAAGCGGGUACGGAACCAACAGGAUGCCAUAUGGGAGCUCAUUUCUACUGAAGUCUCAUACAUUCGCACUCUUAAAGUCAUCACUGAGCUGUUCCUGGCGUGCCUAUGUAACCUCCAGAGCGAACGCAUUCUUCAAGAGAUCGACACAGAGCACAUGUUCAGCAACAUCCUCGAGGUGUGCGAGGUCAACCAUGUGCUGUGGGACAGCUGCCUGUUGCCGACGCUGACGGCUGCACGCACCAACCGGACGCUCCUCAACCCCUUGCACCUGCGCGAGGGGUUUCUGCGCUUUGAGGAGACGUUCCAGCCGUACAUGAAGUACUGCCUCGAGCAGACCACCUGUCUGCACUAUGUCAAGGAAAAGAGGCUCGAGAGCGAUCUCUUCAAGACCUACGUGGCGUGGUGCGAAGCUAGGAAAGACUGCGAACGGCUGCGCUUCACAGACCUCCUGGUCAAGCCCAUGCAGCGGCUUACCAAGUACCCACUGCUGCUCAAGGCCAUUCAUAAGAAGACUGACGACGAGGAGGCCAAGAAUGCCCUCGUUGAAAUGAAUGAGUGUGUGGAAGCCUUCGUGUACGCUGUCGACGGCAAGCUGCGGCAUCUUCACGAACGGGACAGGCUCAAGUCAAUAACGAGCCGCAUCGAAAGCUACGAUCCAUUUGACAUCAACAACGAUGAGGUUGAAAAGGCCCUGAAAGCUCACUGCAUGUUGGACCUGACUUGCCCCAUGCCGAGUUGUGGCAACCAGCAGAACAGGCAGCUCUUGUUUGAGACAUCAGGUGUCAAACUGAAAGACGCUGGCAGUUCAAGCAAGGUGGAUGUGCACUGCUUCCUGUUCACUGACGUGCUGCUUGUCUGCAAGUCGCUGAGCAAGAAAGGCGACCGCGUGAAGGUGAUCCGGCAGCCAUUCCUCGUUGAGCGGUUGGUUACGUACGAGCUGCGUGACAACAGUGGCCUCAUCGUUGUCUACCUCAACGACUUCGGUGUGGCUGCUUCCUACUUUCUCCUCUACACAAGCGAUCCGCGAAGCUUCAUGGACCAAAUCCGCAGAGCACAGGAACAGUAUCGGGAAGCGAAGUCACAGGCAACGAGUGAGAAGCCCCAGCUGGGGUACCUCCAGGACUUGGACGACGAGGACGAUCUGGACAUCCCCCGCAGCGCAUUGCUCGUCGCCGCCCGCUCCCCACGUUCGUCGAGCCACUCAAGCUUGGUCCAUUCACACAGUGGAUCCAUUGACAUGAGCGACCCGGCCUCAGUGGCCUCCAUGGCUGGACCACCCGUGCCUUGCCCAACACCGCUGUUUCAGGGAGCAGCUGCUGCUGGUGGCCAAGGCCGAGCAACAAGUUUCGAGCUUGGCGAGCUACGCAAUCCCAGCAUGACUUGCGACGACCUCGAUGAACAAGGAAGGUCGCGCAGCAUGGAGACACGCACCUCAGGACCAGUCUGUGUCACAGUGACGUCACCACGGCCUGAGCGGCGGGCUUUCCUUCUCAAGGGUGCUGGCAACAAUGCGACGUCGCCCAACACGUUGACUGUGACCAUUCCCUUCACCCACCAGCAAGAGGUGGAAGAGCCCAAGGAAUACAGGAGCUACCCAACGUCUCCAACCAUACAGGUGCCAGUCAUGUCAUCACUGCCUCCUAAGAGCCUCUCGCCGACAUCCCGCUUUGCAGCCGUCUUACCGCAGCCUUUCCCGGGUUACAACCAAAGCGGCGUGAGCAAGCCGCCGCUACUGAAGACCAAGAACGUGUCAGGCCUGGUGACUCACAGCGCUCCACCCAGCGAAGGCCCGAGCCCUGUGCACAGCCUUGAGGGUCCCAAGCUCCCUGAGGAGGCCGUAAGUCCUCCCGACUCUGAGGACGAGAGUGGCCGUAAGCGCAUUUCCCGAAGGACGUGCCGCCCAGAGAGACGACACCACACGGCUGACUCCUUCGAGCACCUGAAGAACCAGCGGGACCCGUCGAUCCACAAGCGCUUGUCGUGGAACUGUGGACAACAGCACGAUGCAUCAUCUGGCGUGUCUGGCACAUCCAGCCGCCUUGUGCACACGUCGGAUGCUUUCCUCAAGAACAAACACGUUGCCAAGUGUCUCAGCAGCGAAUCUGUCUACAGUUCUAGUGGUGUGAGCAGUACGGGCUCCCUUUUGUUUAGCAGUGCGGGAAGUGGCGAUGCCUGCGAUUGUUGCUGCGAUGCCACCGUUGUGGGGCCAACGGACGACCAAAAGCGACUCACCAAUGGCGACGAGGACGAGGUGCAGCCAUCUUCAGCCGAAGGGCACCACCAGCUCAAGACGUUAGGGGCACCUGGAGGUUGCAUCAAGAUCGACGUGAGUGAAGUGAAGGACGGGAUCUCCUCGGUGCAGAUAGUGGGUGCGGAGGGCAUGCCAGUGGCCCCCGGCAAGCCGGGCAAGCCAUCCCGCUCAGAUCUGCAAAAAAUGAAAGAGUUCCUCCUGAACAGCCGCUCAGUGGAAGCAUCUGAGGUAUGACGUCAUUAGUCACCAGGGGAGAGACUGCACAGACACGAGAUGGGACCGGUCCUCAUCAUUCAUGGCUCGGCGAAAGAAAAACAGCAAUUGUACAGCCUUCACUGUUAGUUACAAACUGUGCCCCCCCGGCCACGAGAGAGGGCAUUUGCAUUCGCCGUUCUCCGAGGUGUCAGCCACUGGAAACGGAGUCUCACCGCUGUUCUCGUCUACAUAUCUCUACCACGGCGUGUCGACAGCACUCUGCGACGGCGCAGUUGAAUGAUGACCACAUUGUUACAUUCGUUUCCGAUAGAGUGUCUCGAACGGCUUGAGCCGAGAUUCUUUCUUGUUUUUGGUGCGAUGAUGCCGUUUCGAUGGCACCACUCUGACACAAGAUCCUGUCCCUGUUUCGUGUUGCCAUUUGCACUUUGCCAUGUGUGUGUUUGUGCAUUUGUGUGUGUGUGCGUGCAGCAGUCUGCUAGCAAGGCUGUUCCACUGGUGUAGUAAGUACCUGGUCAUUAUACCUAAACACUAUGCAUAAGGUGUUAACUACCUGUGUAUUCCUUUGCUUCCCGUACUUACGAUGGCCAAGAAGCAGAUUACGCAGACGGUCAGUCCCAUAAGCAAAACACUUGCGCAGUAGUUGCAGUCGUUUCGACGGGUCUCUCCUUUCUUACUCUCGACGAGUGUACUGAGUGCACAAAUAAUUUUAACUCUCUCUCAGGUGAGCCAGGCCAAACACUUUUAGUAUUUCGUGUUGCUUUUACUGAUUUUUUAAAAUUAAUUCAGAAGCUUUCCUUGGCACGUGUUCAGCACAUUUUGUUAAAAUUUUCGAGAAUCAGCUUCUGCUCUUCAAGCUUAUUUGAUUUAUUUGCUUGCGACAGGGUCGGAAGGGCAUGCGCCGCUUGAAGCUCAGUGUUUAGUUUUUCCUUCUGUCUUGGUACUUGCACUAUGCUGCAACAGCAUAAGGCUUGCGUCACUCUUGAAAGAUUGCCGCAUUACUGAAUCCUCUCAUUCUCAAACCAGAGUCUUAUCUAGCAUACAUGGUGCUCGAGGCAGGUGCUUUUUUGCGUUUUCACACGUCACACCGAGAUUCUAUGCAGCAAAGUCACGUGACGUGCAAUUUACACAGAACUUUGGUUGCGCACCACUUUGUGCUCUCGAGAGCCUGCCACUCUGUCGUCUCGUUUCACGUUUCGGAUGCUUUUUGUAGGUACCAUUAUAUAUGUUACGUGCCCAACAGUCCGGAAGUAGUAGCGCUUUCCUUUGUUUUUUGCCAUCUCUUUUUUUUUUUUUUUCGACCCUUAGGCCAUUUAUCGACUACUGCUCUGAAUGCACGUUCACAACUCUCUAAGACUACGCUUCUCAAUCUCCGAGCAGUCUAAUCACUCUCAGCUGUACCACAGGUUUCGCCUUGGACCGUAAUAAUUGAAAAACUGAAAACAAAAAUUGAAGCUCUGAGACUAGGUGCAUUGUUGUCCUCCUUCGCACUCGUCUUUCGCGCUCUCUUGAAAUGUACUUUCAUAGUCCAGCAGCCACCGCCAUUCUUGUUGACAUUGCUCUCCUGAACGCUGCAUUGCCGAAUGCUUUGCCUGUCUGAAAUAUUGUGUGCUCCAAGGCAUUUUCGAUGGACGAAUACUGCCCACAUGGGUAGUAAAGAAACUCGACUGGCCAUGAUAAUUAUGACCGUUAAUUUCUUUGAGAAAAGACUGACUUGCCUACAAUGUUGUAAAGCUGCAAUGGUAUCAGUAAAGAGGACACACUUUUGCCUCUUUUGCUCCCUUUUUCCGACGAGCUGUGAUACAGGUCAUCAAAUAAACAAGACACGAUUCAUAGCUGCGCUGACAAUAGACAGGUUUUUGUCAGUGUUCCGAUGAACGCGAAUUGUCGUACAGCAUGUAGAUGUUCACUAGGCAGCAGGCUGCAAGAGCGAUUUUUGCAUUUGCAGGGAACUGCCUUGUGCUGUUGUUGCCAGCUUUCUAUAUUGUAUAGAUGCCGAUGCCACGGUGACUUUUACACUGUAAAGCAUCUAGUGUUUUCAUAGACCUGUAGCUUAGUGACCUGUCCCCAGUAGUGGUUCUCGGAGUUGUUGUUAUGAACAAAGGUUCUUAAAGCACUUGACUGUGUACAAAUUAGAGAUCUUCAUCCUCCCCGCUCCUCUCGGCCGACUGUCACUAUGAAGUCGGCCGCUCGUAGUGUGCACCAUUGCCCUUGUGGAGUAACUCUGUUAAUCUUGCGGCUGCGUUGACUUUGUAUUAUCUUGGGGGGCUGCAGUUGGCCAUGCUUUUCGGUUUUUAUUUUUGUAUGCAAUUCGUUGCGACUGCACAUGUUUGAGACUGUUUUCUUUUUUUUUUUAUGCAAUGCAUUCAAUGCUGUAACAGUUGUCACUUGAUGCAUGAAGUCCAAAUGAAUUUUGUCAUUUUGGGAGGCAUUUCUACAUGCCCCACUGGCAAAAGUAAAUAUAUUGCUUCUCGUUUUCACUCGUAUGUGGCAUUGGCGGUUGCUGAUAAAAAUUCUGAGAAAUUGUCGGGCAUACUACAACCCUGGUCGCCACGUAUGGCUUGAUUGAACUGAGUACAUUUUACCAAUUGUGAGCUACCACUCGUCUCGUGUGCGAUUGAAAUUUCCAUUUAAAUUACUUAUUCAUUUGCACUGCUAAACUUUUUCAAUUCAUUUAAAAGAGGUUCAUCUGUUUUAUUCUUGACUUCGCAGUCUUUAUGCCUCUUUUUGCCUGCACUACAGUUUCUCUUCUAAUGAGUCACCCUCGCGAUGAAGCGUAUUUUUGCUGCCAUGGCGCUCUUUUCUCGGCACAUAGCUCAAGACACUGAAGCACAGUGUUCCCUUUGGGUAGACUCAGGCACACUAUCACCGCAUCUCUUAUAGAAUGCACUGGCACCUGGUUUAGACAUAGCUGUACUGAGCACCUUGCUUUCUCAACCUGAGGGUUGUUAGUGCCCUAUCGCAAUAUGUCGGAGGUCGGUGUCCUCCAGAGAUGUGCUGGCUGUGGUCUGAAGCACACUGCUCACACUGCUUGUAAAUCUAAGCUUAAUCUGCUCAGUUGGACAACUUUUCUUGUAAUGAUAAAGGGGGUCUAUCUUUUUUGUACUGUUACGAAUUCGAUCUUAGCUUGACUCUUUUUCUGGGUAACAUUCUAUUGACAGCCUAUUCCAAAGGCAUCAGUAGCACACACUGUGCAAAAUAGCCAAGCGAACAUCCUUUCUUUUCUUCAUUGUUAUUUUUUUAGUGUUGGUUUGCUGAUUUCAAAACACCCUCAAACAAUGAAUAAUGGGGCAGGCAGCAUUGGGCGAGUACAUUCUUCACAGCAGUUCUGCAUUGGACCAGUCGGUUUGUGCAAUCUGUGCACCCGACGCCAUUUUGCAGAUGCGCUUUUAUUAAUAUAGCCCGAUGGAUGCCAUAAUGAUUACCUGAGCCGUAGCAGAGCACCGUGCCUUUCAGACCAUAGACAAGCAGACACCUUUGUUCAAGGCAUGCACCAGGUGCGAUGGAAGCUAUCAGCAUGAUGUGUGUGGAAGCUGUAAAAAAAUGUUCAGUUGUAUUGUGGUGUACAUAGCGUGUGUGUCUAAUACUGUUUUCCUAUGUGGGCUAUUCCUCAGAAUGCCAUUUCUCUCUGGUGUUACUCAAGGGUCUGCCAAUGUACAUGAACCUGUAUGCUUUUCCGGAGGUAUCUUGUGUCUGUCAGUGCCGUGGGAGUUCGGGCGCGUCGUCUGUUGCACCAGUUCACGCACCCAGUAGCUGCAGUAUUGUCUCUAUGUGGCCAGAUCUACUCUUUUUUUUUUUUUUGCCACGUGGAAGAGCUUGCCAGUGUGGAUGUCACGAGACUUGUUUCAUUAUAUGCUUGCUACUUCCCAGUGUUCUUACAUAUCCCCUUCAUUUGUGACUUUUUCUUGCUUUUCGUUGCCUGUGCGAUUGUGCUGUGGCAACAACCCACUUUCAAGUUAGGUGCAGCAGAGCUCCUGCAGGGCAGCGCAACAAUGUUGUUGCAGCUUACAUCUGGCAGACAUGAGCGUUCGCUAGUGACCAGCUACACUUUGCAACUAGCUUGCCACUCUUGCCUGAUGUGUGCGCCAGGCUGAGCCGGUAAAUCUGGAAUGUCAGCUGCUCUUUCAUAGCUGAAAGUAUUGGGCGUAAUAAUUAGAGUGCAUUGGUACACCAUUACUGCCACUUGCCAGAUCUGUGCACGCCAUCAUGCGCAGUGUAUCUAUGGUGAUCGCAAAACCAGUAGGAAGCUGUUGUACUUAUGGCAGAUGGUAGCUAUACAAUGAAGAGACCUUCCUCUAGAAAAGGCCAGCCCAACACUUAUUGUAUGGCACUUACUAAGCUGGCGCGCAAGAUUCUGCAAGCGUUGCACAGUUAUUGCUUCCUCGCGUUUGGCGUAAACUUCUUUUGGUUACAUGUAUGUUAAUUGCAGUGAUUCGUAGACUUCACGCCUUAAACGCUGACGCAGGGUAGAGUUAAAUAAAGUAUAGCUAGUUCUUCACGAUUUGGGACUGGGCAAAAGAACACAGCCUGUGCUUGAGACAGCAAUGUCCACAUGCCCACAUUUUCGUAAUUGAAAACAUUGCCGAGCUGACUAAACGACUGUGCUUUUGAGUACAGAUGCUUUGUGAUACGCGAUAUCGCAUGCAUCUUCCAUUUAAUUUCUGCACCUAUCGUCAAAAGGCAUAGUGCUAAAUUGUGUGCGAGCAACUCUAGCAUCUUGAUAAAACAGCCCCGCCACAGUGGUCUAGUGGUUAAGGCUGCUGACCCGCAGGUCGUGGGAUCGUAUCCCGGCUGUGGCGGCUGCAUUUUUGGUGGAGCUGAAAACGCUAUAGACCCGUGUGCUCAGAUUUGGGUGCACGUUAAAGAACCCCAGGUGGUCGAAAUUUCCGGAGCCCUCCACUACGGCGUCUCUCAUAAUCAUAUGGUGGUUUCGGGACGUCAAACCCCACAUAUCAAUCAAUACAUCUCGAUAAAAGAGACGAUGCCUAAAAAAACACCCUAUUCACAAGAGAUGCAAGACUUUAGUUUGAUUCAUUUGCCGCAGUGAUGUACCUUACGUAAAGCAUGUAACGGAUUGAUGACGCGAGCAGUUGUUUAAAACCAAUAUUUAGGUGGCUAGUUGAGGAGGAGGAGGGUGGGGGAACAUGUGUGCAAAACUUUUAACAUCGCAUUUUUCCAGCCUACUUGAAAACAUGGCUCAGGUAUCAGAUAAAAGACCACAUUAACGGUCUCCUCUGUGAGUGUGGGCAUGCCAUAUUAGCCAAAAGGAGAGGGGACUAUUCACUGCGAUUGGAAGAAUGAAUGAAUCCUGCAUGUUUUUGUUGAGAUUGUCGUUUUCUGUGUCCGCCUGUGUGCAUGUGUGUGUCCAGAGAUCGGCACUCUGCUUUAUCCUCAGAAUGCUGUAUGAAUAGCAGGUCGCUGCGCCCGUGUGUACAUAGCCUUAUAAAUACGAAGUUGUUGGCGUUUCUUCGCUUGGUCCAUAAGCGAUGAUGUUAUCAAGUCUGUUUGUCCUCCCAUCUCAAAGAACAAAUGGGAGAUAAUUUUUUUGUUUCUUCUGCGACUGCGGUUGCGCAAGUGUACAGCGUACUUAGAAUAGAUAGAUAUUUUAUUUUCCUGAGAAUCAUAAUUUUUUAUCAUAAUUUAUUGCAGUGUGUAAUUAAUGAUGUUUAGAUGGUAUGUGUGAGGAGAGAGAGAUACAUAUAUGUUCAUUAUAUAUAUAUAUAUAUAUAUUAUAUAUAUAUAUAUAAGGUUGUCUUAAAACAGGUCAACUAUAUUGCUAUUCUAGCAGCGUGAUGAAGUCGACGUUUGGGAGAUAUACAUGUAUACAUAUAUAUAUGUAAGUAUAUAUACGUGCUACACAUGUAUGUUGGAAGCAAAAUCAUAAAAACAAAAACCUGUGCGAUGGUGGAUCUUUCCUGUAUUAAUUUGAGAUUCGCACCGGGCAUUGAUCUCGGAGCGUGUGUAAUCGUGGUUGAACUGUUAGUACAAAAAAAUGUACGAAUAAAAGCUGUUUUGCCUAAAA